AUGGGUCGCGCAAGUAUAACCUUAAAACAAAUCUCCAAUGAAAGAUCCCGCAAGACAACUUUCUUGCGAAGAAAGACAGGGCUAAUGAAGAAAAUCUCGGAAUUUUCGAAGAGGUGUGGUGGUGAGCACUGUUUGAUUAUGUACGAUGAUAAUGCUGAUGGUAAUGGUGAUGUUGAAGCAGUGACUUCGCCCGAAAACCCUGUAGAGAUACAUUCCAUGAUUCAAAAGUACUAUGAAACUCAAUUAAAGAAAGAGAGACCUCACAAGACUUACGGUAUUGAAGAGUUUUUUAAGAACAGAAAGAACAUGAUUGAAGCUGAGAUUUCCAAAGUGCAUAAACAAAUCAGAAGCAUCAAGUACCCAACUUGGGAUCCAAGUUUCGUGAACAUGGAAUAG